GGUUAGAAAUCACAUUGUCUUUUCAAUAGUCCAAUUAAACCAUGCCAGCAACUUUCGGUUAGUUCUCGGAUUACUAUAUAUGGUGAAAAUGGUAAUGGGAAAAGAUUACAACUUCUUAGGCAAACCCCAUCGGCCUCACCUCUAAGCCUCCACCAUGAAUCAUCCCAAUGAGAAAAAUGGUUGGAUGUCUGUUCCUCAAUUUGGAGGCUGGGAUCAUACGGCCCCAGGAGCUACUGACUAUUCUGUGGUAUUUUCUCGAGCUCGAGCCAAUCGUAAGCAGAAGAAGACAGACUUGACGGACUUCAAGCGCAACAGUAUCGGUACCGAAAGGGAGCUCAUCAACCCUGUUCAUCAUCAAGAUGAUCAAAUAAUGAGGAAAAAGAAGAUUCUGACCUACAUCAAUUGCUGCAUUAGGCCUUGAUUUACUCAAUGCACUCAAUUGUCAAUCAUCUUGCACCAUUGCACUAAAUUUUGAAUUCUGGCUUGUAAAUUUAUGGAUGGCAAAUGUUCGUCAAUUGAAGCAUAAGCAAUCAAAGCUUCUGUAAUCUUUCUUUCUUUCUUUUUUUCUUGGCCAGAAGAUUCUGUAUCCUUUCAAGUGUUCUAUGUAUGCUAUUUACUAUCUAAACUUCUGGGUUCUACAGCUUUUAGCACCGCAGACUUGGCAAAAUAAGGGAGUGAAAUCAGAUUGUAACAUAAUUAGAAAAAUACAGUCAUAUUAGAGUUCCAUUAAUUUACAUCCAUAGAAAACUUCAUAUACAUUUCAUACCAAGCGGUGAUGACAUUAGCCUGGUCUCAUUUAUUUCUCUUCUAUACAAA